CGUAGUCACAGUCCGACAACCGACGAGAAGCCCAACUUCACUUUCGCUUGUCUAUUCGGAUUUUAUCUUCUUUUUCUUCAAAUGGAUAAUUUUCAUUCGGGAAAACUAAUCAACUUUAUUUGAAAAGAAUAAUUAAGAAGGAAAUUAUGAAUUUUAAGUAGUAUUGCCGUAUCUGGAAAUGAAUGUCUUUGGAGAGUGGUUGUUUCUUCUCUGGACGAUAAAAGCGUCAUAUUCGUUGUCGACUGACCACAUCUGUACCAGAACUGAAAAUUACACGGUCACUUCGAUGGAAACAUACGUACAACCAGUAGUCGUAAACACAUUCACGUGGUGCCUACAAGUACCACCGAGAUGUCCUAGAACACGAACAGAAAUGAGACAACGAUAUCGAAUAAAGUCGGAAAUCAAGACCAGGAAGGUGAAGGAGUGCUGCGAGGGUUACAAACUGGAAAUUCGUGACAAGAAGGACGGUGACGCGAGCUGUGUGCCUUUUUGCGAGAACUGCCUCGCGGGUACUUGCAUUUCACCGAACAAAUGUCAAUGCGAUCCAGGAUAUCAAGGAACGGAUUGUUCGAAAGACUAUUUUCUAGAAUGCCCUCCAGGAUUAUGGGGCGUGCAGUGCAUGGAGAAAUGCGAAUGCGCCGAAGAUGUUAUUUGCGAUUUCAGAAAUGGUACUUGUUGCCCAUCAGGUUUCUGGGGACCAAGAUGUGAACAAAAUUGUCCACCACAACGCUGGGGUCGAGGAUGUAAAAACUUCUGCAACUGUAAGGGACAUAUUAACCAUUGCCAUCCUGAAACCGGACACUGUACUUUCACAGUUACCGACAUACAUUCUACAUCUAAAACCACAAAUGCAGUUCAAUUAUUAAGUACGAAAAUCAUAGAAUUCAAAAAAAGAACGACGGACCUUUCUUGGACGACCGACCACGUCAUGGAAGAAGGAUGGGAUAAUUAUGUUACACCAUCGAGCACGGAUAGUAGUUUCGAAAACACGAACAGCGAACCAAUCUCUCAAACGGAUUCAAAUGUUAAAAUUAAAACGCAUAAUCAAGAAAAUGAUAUCACAAGCACCAGCACGAUUCGACCGUUGAUCGUCCUUGUCUCUGUUCCGGAACGACAAAAAACUAUCUUGACAAAAGAUCGAAGUAAGUUCGCAUUAAAGGAUACCUUUUUGAGACAUUUGGAGGAAAAGGGAGAACUUCGUGAUGACCUACCACUGAAAACUGAUUAUGUUGAAACUAUUCAUAAAGAAAAUGUUACACCAGCGGCAUCAAUCCGAUUGGAUGUCGCGUUGAUUAUUAUCGCAUCGAUCAUAUUUCUCAGUCUAAUGUCAAUCGCAAUUAUGACGAUCAUACACACAAGGACGAAACUUUUUGAGACAGUACGACUUUCUAUCUACAACGACGAAAAGGAGAAGAAUAGUGAGCAUGAAAGCGAGAAGCAACGACCACCCAAAAGAAUUUCUACGAUCAUUGAUAGUGCUCUACCUCAUACCUGUACGUACGAAUCCAGAUUUCUUCUCAAAUUCUGAACAAGUCGGUACAAUCUUACCAGCUGGUAUAAACAUCGAACCCGUAAAUAGUUACGCUAAUGGCACCGCAACGAUCGGCCUUCGAAUAUCCGGUCAUCUUCGUGAGCUGCUGCAAGAAGAUCAUUAUGACAGGCCACCGACGACCUUGCUACGCCUACACACGGAUUUCGAGUCGAACGGCGAACACCUCUAUGACGAGAUUCCUUUGCAAUCGACGGGCUUCUGCGAGCGUAAAAGCACGUGAUCA